AAGAAUUUGUCGAUGUAAAAGAGUUAAGACCUAUACGUCCCAUUGUUUUGAAGCAUCGUCCUCUUGACGGUUACGUUGUCAACUUGACACUCAUCAACAAAUAUUGUGAACCAGAAUUAUAUGAUAUUGAUUAUUUUGACACUUAUAACAUUCAAGAUUGUUUAGAUUAUCUUGACGAACGUGAAAGCGAAUACUUGGUAAAGAGUCCAGACCCAAAAAUUAAAUGCUCUCCAGACAGCGUGCCAAUGUUAUUCCAUGUUUAUUGGAGAGGAAGAAUAAAUGAUAAAAUUGCUUUUAUGAUAAAAUCUUUCUUAUACACACAACCUCUCGAUUGUUCUCUUUUAAACGUUUGGCUCGAUCAAAAUCAAGAAGAUGACUUUAGUAAAAAUCCUCAUAUACAACCUUUACUCAAAUUCUCACCCCAAAACUUCCGUUUAAGAAGGUGGAAUAUCACAGAACAACUUAAUUACGAUCCAAUAUACGACGGUUGGGAAGAAAAAAUUAACCAACAAAUUCCGACAGUUGGAUACAGUGACCUUGUACGGUUUGUAUUGUUGUAUAGAUACGGAGGAAUGUACAUUGACGCCGAUGUUCUUUUUCUUCGUGAUAUGAGACCUGUUUACCACAUUAAUCAAGAAUUUGCUUAUCGUUGGAGUUUCUGGCUUAAUUACAAUACUGCCAUUCUACGUCUCAACGCAAAAAGUACGACCGUACGCACUGUUGUAGAAAAUGCUAUGCAGCACAAAAUGAAUUUUCAUCCAUUCCAGAUAAAAUAUUAUCUUGUCAAAAAACAAAUUGUCGUCAAGCAGGACUUGGACGAGCAGCUUUAUAUGAUGCCGACAACUUUGUUCGAUCCAUUAUGGUUAAAGGUUGAUUUGCAAUUAUCUAAGCAAGUUACGAAACCUAAUAUAAAUGGUUUCCAUGAUGCUUAUAAACCAACUGUAGUUAAUAAAGAAUUCCCUGAUGACAAACAAGCCACAACUUCAAUGAGGAAUAAGAAAGAAUUUUUCAGAGGUGCAUUUACUUAUCAUUGGCAUAACCAAUGGGAGAGUUCUAUUACUGAUUCUUCUUGGUUCGGAAUAUUACAAAGAGGAUAUGAUGAAUUUAUAAAUGGUCAAUCUCCAAAUAUGUAUAAUGAAUAUAUAAACGAAUUUCAUGAAGAAAUAUUUUAG